ACAGCAUUAGGAGGUCAUGCAAAUUUACAGGUGAACGGGAUCGUACAUUUAAAAUUCAAAUACAGAUGUAGGUCUAAGCCACGGGAGAGAUUGUAAUCAGAAGUGAGCUCUACUGCCUAACACAGGAAGGGAUACCUAAAAUAAGCAAUACUGCACUCGCCGAGUUGUGAAACUACGGUGUUUUAUUUGACUUGUUUUUUAUUUUGACAUAAAGUUACAUUCUCAUAAUAAAUGGGAACAACUGAUUCGUAAGAAUUUGUAAGUCUUCGCUCAGAUUGCUGCCACGCCUACACAGCACAGGCACCUCACUUGCUGUGUUGACCCUGUAUCUCUGAUCCAGACGGUGUAUGGUAAGGAGGGAUGGAUCUGUCAAUCAAAUUGGGCAAACAGCAUUUUGCAAUGUGCUGAAUAAAUAACACAUCUUAACUAAACAGCUGUCCAGAUGGGGUGCAGAUGCUGUCGGAUGAUAGAAAGCUACGUAUUUGAUUCAGCUGUUCCAGUAGAAGUGUAUGGAUGUAGAAGUGAUGGAUCCAGUUCAGUUUACUCACAGGAGAAACCGGUGGGGACAGACAAUUGCAUAACAGGGCAAACGGUCAAUAAGCAGGACUUCAAUAAUCAGCAGACUUUAGCACAGAAACAAAGAGUCUCAAAUAUUGAAAAUGACAAAAAUCAGAUCAAUAGGACAUACUUACCAUCUGGAGAGAAGAAAUAUGGACUUGGGGAGGACAAAGGUGGUUCAAAAGUGGAAACUAAUGGACUCUAUAUUUUGGAGAAUGAACGAACUCAAAGGAAGUGUACAAUGCCAAGUAAUGAAGGAGGCAGUGACACCUGCCCGCUGAGCAAGCCUUUAGUGGAUAAUUACAUAGCUGCCCUCUCCCAAAACAACAGUAGUGUGGUAAAGGGAUGUGAGGAACAAAGUGAAGCCACAACAAUACAAGCUACACCAAAAACAGAGAAUAUACUUGUUUCAAAUGAAAAUCUUCAAGACAAAAAACAACCCUCUUUAUUGAAUGACAGUCAACCUGAAGUAAACCCACCUGCAAUACAGACACAUGACAGUUUUGAAAAUGACUGUGUAGAUGUUACAGACAAUGCUCCAGUCAACGGAGUAGAUGCCAAAAUAACUAUUUCAUCUAAUGCAAGUAUCUCCUCUGCCGAUAUAAAAGAAUGUGUUUUCCAGCUAGAUGACUUGGAUGAACUAAAUGGCAGAAUCUCUCCGUUAGUAAGAGGGGAACUGGAUUCUAAAUCUGAAGAGUGCAAAAGUUCAAUAGACAACUUUGAGAUUUGUGAUGACCUUGAAGUGGCAGAGGCACUUGCAGCUCUAGAAGCUGCUACAGCAGGAGAGGAUGAGGAAUAGUCGUUUAAGAAAACAUACCUUCACACUCCUAAAAACUGUCAGUGGGAGUCACAGCAACGCAUGUGUCAAAAAGUAAGAUGGAAGGAAAAAAGACUUCUGUGGUUCGAUGCUGGAAUGUGGUAGCUUUCUGUAAAUGGACAUAAAAGCAUGACCUAUAGCAAGCGCCAAGCUUUUCCUUCAUUUUCAUUAUCCCCUUUAUUAAUGCAGCUAUAGUCCAUUAUUAAACAAAGGUCAAGGUUCUAAAAGCUGUAUACUUCCAAAUGUCAUUCCCACUUAUUUCAGAUAGUAAAAACACACCCAAUAAAAUGACCAUAUGAAAAGUAAACAACUGAGACAUUUAAUUUUAAGGGUCUCAUCUGAAGUUGUUCCUUAUUCAUUUCAUUAUAGUCUGAAUUUGUGGAGCCUAAUAUAAACAAACCUAAUACAAUACCAAGAAAGCACCAUUCAGGUAAUCUCACUGAACACCCAAUGAUGCCUACUAUAUGUAAAUUAUCAGAAUAAAAACUAAUAUAACACAUUUGGAAAUACUUAUUGCUGCUGGUGCCAGUGUCUGUGCUUUUCAAUUAGAUUGCUUUUGUGUAUGAAUGUGUGGUUCACUUUAAUUAUGUGUUUAUUUUUUAGGUGUCAAAAUAUACCUAUUUAGUGGGAAUCUAAAUUGCCACUGCUUUUAGAUAUCUGGAU